UAUGGCAUGCAGUCGACAAUUGGUUCCGGGUGACGAAUUUGCUCUCCGCGAUGAUGGUCUCUACUGCAAAGCCGAUUUUGAAGUGGUCGAAAGAGGAAACAACAAUAAUGAUAGUGAAAUAGUUAUGGACAAUGUCGACGAACAAGAUGUUGACAGCGACAACUCGUCAUCUACUGCCGUCGGCCAAAAUUCUACGUCAAAUAAUUCGACCAUCUCUUCCGCCAGAUCCGGCACAAGAAAUGAGAGAGGUUCGAGGAAGUCAGACCAUAAAACUACUAGGGUAAGGACAGUGCUAAAUGAAAAACAACUGCAUACUCUAAGGACCUGCUACGCGGCGAAUCCUCGUCCGGACGCCCUUAUGAAGGAGCAAUUGGUGGAAAUGACCGGCUUAUCGCCCCGGGUCAUCCGGGUGUGGUUUCAGAACAAACGCUGCAAGGAUAAGAAGAAGAGUAUACUUAUGAAGCAGAUGCACGAACAACAGCAGAAACAGGUAAGGUGGGCGAAAGAGCCAAUGGGAAUAUGA